UGCACAAAACUCCACAUGUACAAACUCAAAAUAUUAUUAUGACAAGUUUUGUUUUUCUUAAAAAAAUACAAUAACUUUAAUCACAAUUAAUUAAAUAGUAGCCUUAAUUAUAAUUGUGUCUGUGUGAUUGUGGUCGUGUGGCAAGAAUGGACUACUUGGAAGAACAGAGAAGCGAGCUCGAAGCGAUCGAGGCAAUUUACCCGAUCGAGUUUAAAUUGGUCUCAGAUAGUCCUAUCACAUUUAUGAUAUCCGUAAAGUCUGAAACGUACGAGGAAGGAGGAGAGGAAGGGCUUGCGUGUACUUUGAAGUUUGUAUUUACGCCCAAGUAUCCCGAACAAGUGCCUGAUAUUGAAAUAAUUGAUGAUGAAGAGGAGGAGGAGGACAAUUCAAACCUUGAGCCGGAGGAUAUUCUCGACCUGACCGAGUUUCUGCGACAGCAGGCCAACGAGAAUGUCGGAAUGGCCGUUGUCUUUACAAUUGUUUCUGCCGCUAUAGAAUGGCUUAAUAACAAAUGGGAUUCAAUUCUCAAGGAACGGGAGGAUGAGGCAGAAAGAAAAAGAAUUGCAGAGGAAGAAGCUGAACAUCAACGAUUUGAAGGUACCAGAGUUAAUGUACAAUCAUUCAUCGCGUGGAAAACGGCCUUCGAUCUAGAGCGUGAAGCCGCAAAAAAGAAACUAAAUAUAGGAAAGGACAAGGUAUCGGCAGAUUCGAUAAAACUGACAGGAAGAGAGUUGUUCAUGAGAGAUAAAUCUCUUAUCGACUCGGAUCUUAAGUUUGAUGAAGAUGAUGACGCCGGGCCUAUUGACGAGAGUUUAUUUGAAGAUAUGGAAGAUUUGGAUAUUGCGGAUUCGGAUGAAGAAAAUUAAAAUCAUUUUAUUUUCAUUAUGUUACUUACACGAGAACACUAUCCGGUUUAAUUUUAUAAAACUCUUUCGAGUGUACUAUACGUACGAUACUUAAAAGGAAAUUAAUGUUACGUUAUUCAGACUGAUUGUGGGCAAUACUUUGGAUAAUGUUCAAUAUCACGGAUACUUUGAGUUAAUUUUGUUCAGAUUUGUAUGAAUAAAUGUAAUAUAAAACUAAUUCGAAAUUCUAAA